GCCCAACCUCAUUCAUCCAUAACCCAAACACUUCAACUUCAUUUUGCAUCUUCGUCUCUUAGCUCUGAGGAUGUCUCAGAUAAACGUGUCUAAAGCUCUUGCCGAGACCAAGGCUCUCGUUACCGCCCUUGAAGCCUUUGACGGUACGGACGCCCAGCAUCUAUCCCUCUUGGGUCGCACGGACUCGGUGCGCCGGGCGCUUGAGCAGCCGUACGAUGCAGUCACUCGGUGGAUCGAAAACAUGAGCGUUGCCGCCUCAGUCUACACCCUGAUACGAAUCAAGACGCUUGAAAAUAUCCCGUAUAAGGGGAGCGUCUCAGCUAUUGAGCUAGCAAAGAGAUGCAACACCGACGUAUCCAUAAUCACACGGGCCAUGCGGAUCCUUAUCGCCAACGGAAUCGCUGUGGAAACAGCCGCGAAUGAAUACAGACAAAACUCCUUGUCCGCGGCAUUCAAGCCUAAUGAUCUUGCAGGAUAUGUGUGGCUCUGGGUGGAAUACAUGAAAUCUUGGGUAGCACUUCCCGAUUACAUCAGUAGUCAUGCUCCUGACGAUUUGUAUGAUCUGGGGAAAAGUCCCUACGCGUUUGCUACUGGUCAUGAGGGGAAGACAUACUAUGAAGUGGUCGGCUUGGACCCGGAACAGAGGCAUCUAUGGAACAUGGGUGUGGCAAAGAUGGACAAGAACUUCCCUGUUCUUGGCAUGUUUCCAUUUUCGUCUUUGGAAUCCAGCGUGAAGCAGGACUUGGGAAGGCCAUUCAUUGUCAAUAUCAGUGGCGGCCGAGGCCAAGAACUUCGUGAAAUCCAGAAAGAGUGUGAUGGCGGAUGGGGUGGCAAGCUAAUCCUGCAAGACCUACCAAUUGUGAUCGACUCACUGAGGGAUGAAGACUUGCAUGGGAUUGAGCGAAUGGCCUAUAACUUCUACGACCCUCAACCCGUCAAGAAUGCCCACGUCUACCUCAUACGUCGAAUUAUCCACGAUCACUUAGACCCGGUGUGCAUCAAGCUCCUCAAAAACACGGCUUCCGCUAUGGGACCCACCUCAAGACUGAUCAUCUGCGACAUGAUUCUCCCUGAUCGUGUGGAGGAUGGCUUGAUGCAGCUGUAUUGGCUCGACCUAUGCCUUGUUUCAAUGAGCGGCAAAAUAAGGACCGUGGGAGAGUUCCAGAAUUUAUUCCAGCGGUCAGGCCUAGAGUUGGUGCAAGUUUACCGGUCCAACCUCAAUAAUGUCGCGAUGCUUGAGGCUCGACGGAAAUUUUAGAGCGAGUAUCUCUAGUCUCACGGUGACGGGUGUGAGAUGCGAUAUUGGGGUAGAGCCAAUCAAGCCG